CGUCCCCGCCCCGGAGGAGAGACCCCUCGGCUCGACGCCUCGCGCGCCUCCCGGCUGCUGGGGCAGCCUCUGCGCCGCCGGCACCAUGAGUGAACAGAGUAUCUGUCAGGCAAGAGCUGCUGUGAUGGUUUAUGAUGAUGCCAAUAAGAAGUGGGUGCCAGCUGGUGGCUCAACUGGGUUCAGCAGAGUUCAUAUAUAUCACCAUACAGGCAACAACACAUUCAGAGUGGUGGGCAGGAAGAUUCAGGACCAUCAGGUGGUGAUAAAUUGUGCCAUUCCUAAAGGGUUGAAGUACAAUCAAGCUACACAGACCUUCCACCAAUGGCGAGAUGCUAGACAGGUGUAUGGUCUCAACUUUGGCAGCAAAGAGGAUGCCAAUGUCUUCGCAAGUGCCAUGAUGCAUGCCUUAGAAGUGUUAAAUUCACAGGAAACAGGGCCAACACUGCCUAGACAAAAUUCACAAUUACCAGCGCAAGUUCAAAAUGGCCCAUCCCAAGAAGAAUUGGAAAUUCAGAGAAGACAGUUACAAGAACAGCAGCGACAAAAGGAGCUGGAGCGGGAAAGGCUGGAGAGAGAAAGAAUGGAAAGGGAACGGUUGGAGAGAGAGAGAUUAGAAAGGGAAAGGCUGGAGAGAGAGCGACUGGAACAAGAGCAACUGGAGAGAGAGAGACAAGAACGGGAACGGCAGGAACGCCUGGAGCGGGAGAGGCAAGAAAGACAAGAGCGGGAGAGGCUGGAAAGACUGGAACGUGAGAGGCAAGAAAGGGAGCGACAGGAACAAUUAGAAAGGGAACAGCUGGACUGGGAGAGAGAGCGCAGAAUAUCCAAUACUGCUGCCCCUGCCUCUGUUGAGACUCCUCUAAACUCUGUGCUGGGAGACUCUUCUGCUUCUGAGCCAGGCUUGCAGGCAGCCUCUCAGCCGGCCGAGACUCCAGCCCAACAGGGCAUUGUCUUGGGACCACCGGCACCACCACCCCCUCCCCCACUCCCACCAGGCCCGGCCCAGGUUUCAGCAGCACUGCCUCCUCCCCCAGGACCCCCUCCCCCACCUCCACUCCCAUCCUCUGGGCCUCCACCACCUCCCCCUCCCCCUCCUCUUCCUAAUCAAGUGCCCCCUCCUCCUCCACCGCCUCCUGCUCCUCCCCUCCCUGCGUCUGGGUUUUUUUCGGGAUCCAUGUCCGAAGACAACCGCCCUUUAACUGGACUUGCCGCUGCAAUUGCUGGAGCAAAACUUAGGAAAGUAUCACGGAUGGAGGAUGCCUCUUUCCAAAGCGGAGGGAAUGCCAUUGGUGUGAACUCGGCCUCAUCUAAAACAGAUACAGGUCGUGGAAACGGACCCCUUCCUCUAGGGGGUAGUGGCUUAAUGGAGGAAAUGAGUGCCCUGCUGGCCAGGAGGAGAAGAAUUGCAGAAAAGGGAUCAACAAUAGAAACAGAACAAAAAGAGGACAAAAGUGAAGAUUCAGAGCCUGUAACUUCUAAGGCUUCUUCAACAAGUACACCUGAACCAACAAGAAAACCUUGGGAAAGAACAAAUACAAUGAAUGGCAGCAAGUCACCUGUUAUCUCCAGACGGGAUUCUCCAAGGAAAAAUCAGAUUGUUUUUGACAACAGGUCCUAUGAUUCAUUACACAGACCAAAAUCCACACCCUUAUCACAGCCCAGUGCCAAUGGAGUCCAGACGGAGGGGCUUGACUACGACAGACUGAAGCAGGACAUUUUAGAUGAAAUGAGAAAAGAGUUAACAAAGCUAAAAGAAGAACUCAUUGAUGCAAUCAGGCAGGAACUGAGCAAGUCAAAUACUGCAUAGAGAAACAAACUAAGGAGAGAUAGGACUUUAAUCUGGAGGAAAAAAAUUCUUACAAACAACAACUGUUAACAACAGCAAGCCCCUACAUUUUAUGAGCUAUAAGAAGAAAAUGGAAACAGGAGGGAAAAACCAACGUGCUCUGAAAGCCUUCAGACAUUAUGACUGGUGAUAAGCUAUUUCCCUCUCAGUUUGCUGCUUUUUCUGACCUUUACAACAGAAUGGAAGAGAAUCAUUUAAUGUUCCUGUAACAGUUAUGCAGAAAAUACUAAACCCAUCAGGCAAGAUCACCGUGCAUUGAAAUAUUUUCAUGUCAAGAUAAAAUCGCACAUUUUCCACAAUUCAUUGCAAAAAUAAAGAGGAGAAAGGCUUAAGAAGUUUUUUUUUUCAGAGAGUGCUGAUGAAGAAUUUAGCAAGUUAUGCUAUUGUAUUGUAAAUGUUUCUCUCAGGUUUGUUCUUCCUAUCAUAUUUGAUAUUCCAUGAAUAAUUGAGAUCAGCCCUAUGUAGGUUACGAUCAUAAAAUGUGGAACAAAUGGAAUUAUAAGUGCUUUCAAAGGGUGAUAUUUAUAAGAAAGUGUCCUAAAAAUGAUGUGUCCUGCUUGAGGAAUUUUAGAUGAUAGGAAGUCUCUCGAGUUAGCCUUCAUGCAAUUUUGUAGAUUAAACCGUAAAAUUCAUCCAGAAUUUAAAGAUUUAGAUGCCUUCCUAAAUUGUUACAAUGCUUUACCAAAUCUACGACUUCUACAUAACACAAACCAGUGGUCAAAUGUAAAACAGUAUAUUGUAGAUUUACUGUAGGUUUUCAACCUUUUUUAGACUUAUGCAUGUGGACAUUUUUAUAAUGUAAUUACAAUCACCACAAAGUUAGCUUUUUUAAUUACAGACAGUAAUGCAUGUCACACUAAUAUGUAGUGGCUUUUUCAAGGCCUAGUCCCAGGGAAAACAUUUUGUAGAGUCUAGGGGAAGUGGGAGGAAGGGAAGGAAUAAUUUUUUAUUUAAAGUUAAUUUCUGCACUAUCUUUUUUUCAAUUAUCUGCAUGAAUAAUAAUGAGGAAUAUUUUGUGACUUAAUUGGUAAAUAUGUUACAAAACCAAGUACUUAAUCUUUUACAUCAUGUCUUCAGCUAUUUGUAUUUUAGCCAGUAAUUUCAAUGGUCUGAAACAUGAUUCUGAGCUUCACAUGAAUUAUAUCUUACUGUGGAACUCAAAAGUUUGAACACUGAAUUUGGCAGUUGUUAUAAUCUAGGUGCCCCUGCUGUUAUACAGGUGUUUAGAUACAUGUUCCUGACUAUAAGGCUGCUUUUGAAUUUUGUUAUGUUGAAAUAUAAAAAAUAACAAUGAUGGCAGCAAUUAAGGUCACAGAAAUCAUUAGAUAAAUAAAAACUAAUGAGGAGUUCUGCAGUUUUCUUUUGAUAAGUUAAAGUGAGGCGUAGGUGGUGGGAAGAAGGAAUUAGAAACUCUGCCUACUACCCUGUGUGUGCACACACGCGCACACGUGCUGUCUGUAUGUUAAUCCACUCCCUUUUCUUUCCUUUGAAAUUGGUAAGAUUAGGGAAGAAAUCAUAUAUGUUGCAAUGAUCGCUUUUUGGAAAAUUUAGGAAAUCAAAACUUCUCCAGGCUCUCCAUCUUGAUUUAUGCUUGAGUUGUUAUGUGCCAUAUUUGCUUUGAAAUCUUUGAUUAUCAGAAGUUUCACUAAAAUUUUGAAGAAAUAAUUCACUUUCAUCUGCUUUCUAGAUUCGUACAUCUCAGUUCAUAAGGCAAAGCUUGUUGAUAGUGUAGUUUUCUAAAUGCUGCAUGUUUGCAGCCAUUACCACUACAAAGAAGUUUGAAUGAGGGACUUUUUUCCUUGUUAAAAUAGUUCCUGUUUCUGUAGAAAUUUCAUUUUUAGAUUAAACUGUGAUGGAUGAGCUAUCAUAAUUCAAGUAUACAGUUCUUUUUUCUAUCACGUAUUCAUUGUCAUUCAAUAGUAGUAAAGACAUUAAAGAUUCAGCAAGCUUAUGAAGUACUAUUUUCUAAAAGAAAUAGGAGGCAUUUUCAUCUUUAUUAUUGUACUUUUGGUUAUGCAAACACUUUGACAAUAUAAACAUUUAUGUCCCCUAUAAAUCGGGUCAGAAAUCUCUUUGAUUUUGUUGGAUUAGUUAAAUAGUCUAUAGUCAGUAGAGUACUGGGUACAAGUGGUCCAAACUAAGAUAAAAGACUAAAAUAAAAUGCUAAAUCUUAAAAGAAACUGGUUUAUGCACUAAACGUUUUGUGCCUUGGUCUAAUAUUAACAUGUCAUGUCUGUGUAAAAUGACAGAAAAGAACCAGUGUUGAAUCAUGCUAUAUUUUCCAUCAUCCCAGAUUGCUAAAUGUGUUCUUUCCAAGAAGUUUGAUUGAGUUAUUAUAUACAUUUGCAGUCGUACAUGACAGUUGUGUCAUUGUUAGAGAUUUCAGUAAUUAAAAUGGGAAACAGAAGCUUAAGUUAUUUUCCUUAUCAAAACUAUGUUCCUUGGAACCACAUUAUUCUGAUGGUUUUUGUGCUCUUGUACAUUGGAUGUCUUAAGCUGAAUACAGUUUAGGGGAUCCUUUCUAAUUAAAGGAAGGUACUGCUUUCCUCAACACUGUGAUCUGACCUGUGACAAAUCUGUACCAUACACUAUGUAAAUGGCUAACAAGUCAACUGCAAACAAACUGAAUGUACAAAUCUUAGUGCUGGUGCUGAAAUCUCUUCAGAAUAGUCAUCAUGAUUUAAAAGUUUGUUUAAAAAUUUGCAAGCAUCAAGUGUCAAUCAAAACUGAAGAUGAAACACUAAUGAAUGUUGAAUUCUCAUGUUUUAGGUGUACUUCCUUUUUAGAAUUUUCAGUUCUCUGCUAUUUUUACCGUAACUAUUUCAUUUAAAUUUGUUUCGUUUAAAUUUCCUACAUGCUAACUUCGUUUGUGUGAUUGAAAUAAAAUUGCAGUAUAUAUA